UCUCCCAUCAGCCCAACCCACUGCAAUUCAUCAGAUCUAAUCUACAGCGAUCUACUUACCUUCACACUUCGCUCACUUUCAAGCAAAAAUCAAACACAAUGGCUGGUGGAAAAGGCAAAUCUGGCAAGGAGGCCACCAAGGGUGACACGAACUCCAAGUCUCGUUCCGGACGUGCUGGUCUGCAGUUCCCAGUUGGACGUAUUCACCGUCUUCUCCGCAAGGGCAACUAUGCUCAGCGUGUUGGCGCCGGUGCCCCUGUGUACAUGGCUGCCGUCCUCGAGUACCUUGGUGCUGAAAUUCUCGAGUUGGCUGGCAAUGCCGCCCGCGACAACAAGAAGUCUCGUAUCAUUCCCCGUCACUUGCAGCUUGCUAUUCGCAAUGACGAGGAGCUGAACAAACUUCUUGGAAAUGUCACCAUUGCGCAGGGUGGUGUUUUGCCCAACAUCCACAACAUCCUGCUCCCCAAGAAAUCCAAGACCGGAAAGGGAGCCGAGAAGGCUGGUUCCCAGAGCCAAGAAUAUUAGCUUAGAAUAUGAAACCAUUCCCGUGGUCGGAAAGGAUUUGAGAGGUGGAAGUCAUGGUGUUCCGAACAUCGAUUCCGUAGCUAUGUACAUUAGUAUAACCCAAGAUGUAACCAACUGCCUGGGCAGUAGAUGUAAAUUGGAAUGAAAGUAUCGGUGUUUCACGUCGAA